AGGCGGGCGCCGCGGACCUCUCCGCGCAGCAGCAGGCGCUGAAGGAGCAGGUCGCCCAGCUGCGCGUGGAGGAGGCGGCGGACAGGCGCAGGACGCAGGAGCUGGCCAGCGCGGCGCAGCAGAAGGCGGACGAGCAGGCGAAGCAGCUGAAGGCGCAGGAGCAGAAGGAGCAGGCCGAGAGGCGCGCGGAGCGGAUGGAGGUGCGCAAGGAGCAGGAGGCGCUGCAGCGCCAGGCGAGCCAGCUGCGCGCGGAGGAGGCGGCGGCGCGGCGGAAGGCGGAGGCGCUCAGCGCUGGGGAGGCCGAGCUGCAGCAGCGGGAGCGCCAGGUGAAGAUGCUGCAAGGGCAGCUGGCGGCCGCGCAGGCCAGCAUGUGGCAGACCUACCAGGCCCAGCAGGCCAGCGCGCCCGCCCGACCCGCCGCGCCGACCCCGCCAGCGGCGCCCGCGCUCCCCGCGGCCCCGCCGCCGCAGGCGCUGCAGCCGCCCGAGCUCCCGCCGCUGCCGCAGCUGGCGCAGCCGCUGGCGGGGGGCGCGCUGCCGGAGCCGCUCCAGGGCCCAGCCCCCGCGGCGCCGCUGCUGGCGCAGACCUCCGCGGGCCAGGGGCUGGCGGGCGCGGGCCCCGACCAGGCCGCGGGCAGGAGUGACCUGCAGGUGAUCUCCGCGGCCACCGCUCUCCCACAGGAGGACCCCGCGAGCCAGGGGGCCGCGCCCAGCAGCCAGGCAACAUCGGACGAGGACUCGGGCGCAUCCCGGGGAGAGUACGCGGACAACGAUGACUUGGAGCAAAUCCAGGCGCGCGUGGCGGGCACCCAGCGCUGAGGGUCCCCGCGCGCUCGCGCUGCGCUCCGCCUCCGCUGGGCCCCUUGCUGGCCGCGCUCCGGCACCUGCCGCGCGGGUGGUGCGGGCCGAAUGGCGCGUUCUGGUGGACCCGCGCCCUGCGCAUGACAGAA